AUGGUGGACUCCUACGCGCUCGGAUGGAUCAUAUGCUCCAUUAUCACCAUCGUCGCGUUCUACAGUUUCGUUUUCAAUCGCAAGGCUACAUCUCAAAGCACCAGCGAGAAUAUUACAACUGCAACCGGAGAAUGCAGAUCUUUUAAUCCCGACGGAGAUGCUGAUAUCAUCAUUGUUGGAGCCGGUGUUGCUGGCUCAGCUUUAGCUUACACUCUCGGCAAGGAUGGACGUAGAGUACUUGUUAUUGAAAGAGAUUUGAACGAACCAGAUCGAAUUGUUGGCGAGUUGCUACAACCUGGAGGCUAUCUCAAACUGAUUGAGCUAGGACUUGAAGAUUGUGUGGAGAAAAUUGAUGCUCAGCAAGUGUUUGGGUAUGCUCUUUUCAAGGAUGGGAAACAUACAAGACUCUCUUAUCCCUUGGAGAAGUUUCACUCAGAUAUUGCUGGCAGAAGCUUCCACAAUGGGCGUUUUAUUCAGAGGAUGAGAGAGAAGGCAGCCUCCCUUCCCAAUGUAAGAUUGGAGCAAGGAACAGUCACUUCCCUGCUCGAAGAGCAAGGUACAAUUAGAGGUGUGCAGUACAAAACAAAAGAUGCUCAGGAAUUAUCAGCAUGUGCACCUCUUACCAUUGUUUGUGAUGGCUGUUUCUCGAACUUGCGUCGUACUCUUUGUAACCCUAAGGUAGAUGUUCCCUCUUGUUUUGUUGGCUUAGUUUUGGAAAACUGUGAACUUCCAUGUGCAAAUCAUGGUCAUGUCAUACUGGGAGAUCCUUCACCGGUUCUGUUCUAUCCCAUAAGUAGCACAGAAAUUCGCUGUCUGGUUGAUGUUCCUGGUCAGAAGGUUCCAUCUAUUUCCAAUGGUGAAAUGGCAAAGUAUUUGAAGACAGUGGUAGCUCCACAGGUACCCCCUGAGCUUCACGAUGCUUUCAUAGCUGCAGUGGACAAAGGCAACAUAAGGACAAUGCCAAACAGAAGCAUGCCAGCUGAUCCUUAUCCUACACCGGGAGCCCUUCUAAUGGGAGAUGCAUUCAACAUGCGGCAUCCCCUAACCGGGGGCGGGAUGACUGUGGCAUUAUCUGAUAUAGUAGUGCUCCGAAAUCUUCUCAAGCCUUUACGUGACCUGAAUGACGCACCCAGCCUUUGUAAAUACCUUGAAUCCUUCUAUACCUUGCGCAAGCCAGUGGCAUCCACCAUAAAUACAUUGGCAGGAGCACUUUACAAGGUUUUUUGCGCAUCACCUGAUCCAGCAAGAAAAGAAAUGCGUCAAGCUUGCUUUGAUUAUCUAAGCCUUGGGGGUCUAUUUUCAGAAGGACCAGUCUCUUUGCUCUCAGGAUUAAACCCUCGACCUCUAAGCUUGGUUCUUCAUUUCUUCGCUGUCGCGAUAUAUGGUGUUGGUCGUUUAUUAUUACCAUUUCCUUCUCCUAAACGCAUAUGGAGUGGAGUCAGAUUAAUUGCUAGUGCAUCAGGAAUCAUCUUGCCCAUAAUUAAGGCCGAAGGAGUUCGGCAAAUGUUCUUCCCUGCAACUGUUCCAGCUUAUUACAGAACUCCUCCAGCUGCAUAA